AUGGUUCUCGACCACAAGCAGCAACAAUCCUCAGACGAUCUUCCAUAUUUGACCCGGGGCAGGGAUGUCCUGGAGGACGCACUGCUCGAAGGUCAGUCCGCUGCCCGCUCCGUGCUCCGGAACGAGAUCGCCACUCCGGUGCCGGGAGUGCUGGCGUUUGUCCUACCCUUCUCUGUGACUGGGACAUGUGGUGACCUCGGCAUUGGAGCUCGCGAUGAGCUCAUAGUCGAACCCAAGCCUGAGUACGUCCGCCGGUGGGUGCGGAACCACCGCCACGAGGUAUCCCAGUCCUCUUCUGGCGAGAGUGCCAAUGAGAAUAUGGAGGAAAGAAAUGCCCACACACCCCAUCCCUCCUCGCCACUGCAGAUUCUCAGCCAGCCUAACGUGAGGGGGAUCAGCCUCGAGAACACCCGACCAAGCCAUUUUGGCCUCCAGCCCUUUGGGUUUCUUAGCAGCUUGACAAACGGCGAUGUUAAGAAGAUCUGUGCACGCUCGAGCAAACCAUGUGACAUUGGCCGCGUAGCCAUCACUCCCGACGACUCUGGACUUGGCUCCAGCUUCUGUGGCAGCAACGAGGACCCCACCGCUCAUGACACCGCUGCACACAUCAGCCCCGCUCUGGCUCUUUGA